AUGGCUCCUCUUCCCAUCAAAUUCACGGAGCUCAUUAAUUUGACGAAUGCUGAAAUCGCGCCGGCGUCGAUUGGUUUCAAUACGUGUACUCUAGAAUCGGAUCACUUCGUCUGCGUCCGCCAAAAACUCGAUGACGAGGAUAAGCCCCAGGUUAUCAUCCUUAAUCUAAAGAACAACAAUGAGAUUAUCAAGCGACCUAUCAACGCGGACAGUGCGAUUAUGCACUGGUCCAAGAACAUCAUUGCUCUCAGGGCGCAGGGCCGGACAAUCCAAAUCUUCGACCUCUCAGCUAAGCAGAAGCUGAAAUCCGCGGUCAUGAAUGAUGACGUUGUCUACUGGAAGUGGUUCAGUGAAAGGAGUCUGGGAUUGGUGACGGAAUCCUCAGUCUACCACUGGGAUGUUUUCGAUCCCACCCAGGCUCAGCCAUUGAAGGUCUUUGAUAGACUUCCGAACCUUAGCAACUGCCAAAUCAUCAACUAUCGAGUAAACGACGAGGAAAAGUGGAUGGUUGUUGUCGGAAUCAGCAGUCAGCAGGGUCGUGUCGUUGGUUCAAUGCAGCUAUACUCCAAGGAGCGUGGGAUCUCGCAGUUCAUCGAAGGACAUGCAGCCUCUUUCGCUUCUAUUCGAGUUGAGGGCUCGCCCCUGGAACAUAAGCUCUUCACUUUCGCGGUGCGGACUCAGACCGGUGCCAAGCUGCAGAUCGCCGAAAUCGACCAUCAGGAGCCUAACCCCAGGUUUCAAAAGAAAGCAGUGGAGGUGUAUUUCCCCCAAGAGGCAGUCAACGACUUCCCAGUUGCGAUGCAGGUGUCUCGAAAGUACGACAUUGUUUACCUGGUCACCAAGUACGGUUUCAUUCACCUCUACGAUCUAGAGACGGGAACCUGCAUUUUCAUGAACCGGAUAUCUAGUGAGACAAUAUUCACGACCGCUCCCGACUCCGAAUCUGCCGGUCUCGUUGGCGUCAACCGCAAGGGUCAAGUAUUGUCUGUUAGUGUCGACGAAAACAACAUUAUUCAAUACUUGAUGGAAAAUCCAGCCAUGUCCGGUCUCGCUGUCAAGCUGGCUUCUAAGGCAGGCCUUCCGGGUGCCGAUCACCUCUACCAACAGCAGUUCGACAACCUGCUUGCUCAAGGUAACUACUCUGAAGCAGCCAAGAUUGCUGCAAAUUCCCCUAGGGGAUUCCUGAGGACGCCAGAGACAAUCAACAAGUUCAAAAAUGCCCCACAAACUGGGCAAAUGUCUGUUAUCCUCCAAUACUUCGGUAUGCUACUGGAUAAGGGGACACUUAACAAGUAUGAGAGUCUCGAGCUUGUUCGCCCUGUCCUCCAGCAGAACCGAAAGCACUUGCUGGAGAAGUGGAUGCGUGAAAACAAGUUGGAGAGCUCAGAGGAACUGGGUGAUAUUGUCCGACCUUAUGACAUGAACCUAGCCUUGAGCAUUUACCUCCAAGCGAAUGUCCCUAACAAGGUCAUUGCGGGUUUUGCUGAAACUGGUCAAUUCGACAAGAUCCUUGCAUAUUCCAAGCAAGUCGGAUAUCAACCAGAUUACACACAGCUCCUCCAACACAUCGUUCGUGUGAAUCCGGAAAAGGGUGCUGAGUUUGCGACUCAGCUUGCCAACGAAGAGUCUGGCGCACUCAUCGACCUUGACCGCGUUGUGGAUGUUUUCCUUUCCCAGAACAUGGUUCAGCAGGCCACUUCUUUCCUCUUGGAUGCUCUUAAGGAUAACAAACCUGAACAUGGCCACCUUCAGACACGCCUCCUCGAGAUGAAUCUUGUCAACGCUCCGCAGGUCGCUGACGCCAUCCUCGGGAAUGAGAUUUUUACACAUUACGACCGUCCCCGUGUUUCCCAACUCUGCGAGAAUGCUGGUCUUAUCCAAAGAGCCUUGGAAAAUACUGACGACCCUGCCGUCAUCAAGCGCAACAUUGUUCGCACGGAUCAACUCAGCACCGAGUGGCUGAUGAACUUCAUUGGCCGUCUUUCUGUUGAGCAGACCCUCGACUGCAUGGACACAAUGUUGGAAGUCAACAUCCGCAAUAACCUGCAAGCUGUCGUUCAGAUCUGCACAAAGUUCUCCGACCUUCUUGGACCUAGUCGUUUAAUCAGUCUUCUAGAGAAAUAUCGCACCGCCGAAGGUCUCUACUAUUACCUUGGAAGUAUUGUGAAUCUUUCUGAGGAUCCCGAGGUACAUUUUAAGUACAUUGAAGCUGCGACUGCGAUGAACCAGAUCUCUGAGGUUGAGAGAAUCUGCCGUGAAAGCAACUACUACAACCCUGAGAAGGUGAAAAAUUUCCUCAAGGAAGCUCGUUUGACCGAACAGUUGCCGCUCAUCACUGUAUGUGACCGAUUCAACUUUGUGCACGACUUGGUCUUGUACCUCUACCAGAACCAACAGUACAAGUCGAUCGAGGUCUACGUGCAGCGUGUCAACCCCUCACGCACUCCUGCGGUUGUUGGCGGGUUGCUCGAUGUUGAUUGCGAUGAGAGCAUCAUCAAGAACCUUUUGACCACCGUCGACCCAUCUGUGAUUCCCAUUGAUGAGCUCGUUUCCGAGGUCGAGACCCGCAACAGGCUCAAGCUCCUCCUACCCUUCCUUGAGGCCACACUUGCCACUGGUAAUCAGCAGCAGGCGGUAUACAACGCUCUCGCCAAGAUUUACAUCGACAGCAACAACAAUCCAGAGAAGUUCCUUAAGGAAAACGAUCUGUAUGACACUUUGGUUGUUGGAAAGUACUGCGAGAAGCGUGAUCCCAAUCUUGCGUACAUUGCUUACCGCAAGGGACAGAAUGACUUGGAGCUUAUCAACAUCACGAACGAGAACGCUAUGUACAGGGCGCAGGCUCGUUACCUUGUUGAGAGGGCGGAUCCCGAAAUAUGGUCUUUCGUGUUGAGUGAGAACAACAUGCAUCGCCGUUCUCUCAUUGACCAGGUUGUUGCCACUGCUGUUCCAGAGUCCACUGAACCCGACAAGGUCUCUGUUGCCGUUAAGGCUUUCCUUGAGGCCGAUCUUCCAGGUGACUUGAUUGAGCUUCUCGAGAAGAUAAUCCUUGAGCCGUCGCCUUUUAGCGACAACGGUAGCUUGCAAAACCUGUUGAUGCUUACUGCUGCCAAGGCUGAUAAGGGUCGCCUCAUGGAUUAUAUCCACCAGCUCAACGAAUUCAGCCCAGAUGAGAUUGCCGAGAUGUGUAUCUCUGUCGGGUUGUAUGAAGAGGCGUUCGAAAUCUACAAGAAGGUCAACAACUACAUUUCAGCUGUCAAUGUUCUUGUUGAGAACAUUGUCAGCAUUGACCGGGCACAAGAGUUCGCCGAGCGUGUUGAGCUGCCGGAUGUUUGGAGCAAGGUUGCCAAGGCUCAGUUGGACGGCCUUCGUGUCUCUGAUUCCAUCGAGUCUUACAUCCAUGCCAAUGACCCAUCCAAUUAUAAUGAGGUUAUCGAGACCGCGACUCAUGCCGGCAAGGACGAGGAUCUCGUCAAGUAUCUGAAGAUGGCCCGCAAGACACUUCGGGAGCCAGCCAUUGAUACUGCCCUUGCCUUCUGCUAUGCUCGCCUGGACCAGCUCGCAGAACUUGAAGAUUUCCUGCGGUCAACCAACGUUGCUGACAUUGAAGCUUCCGGUGACAAAGCUUAUGAGGAGGGCUACCACCAGGCUGCCAAGAUCUUCUACACCAGCAUCUCUAACUGGGCUAAAUUGGCCACCACUUUGGUACAUCUGGAAGACUACCAAGCGGCCGUUGAGUGUGCCCGUAAGGCCAACAGCGUCAAGGUUUGGAAGCAGGUCAACCAGGCAUGCGUUGACAAGAAGGAGUUCCGCCUUGCCCAGAUCUGUGGUCUCAAUCUCAUUGUGCACGCGGAGGAGUUGCAAGACCUUGUUCGACAGUAUGAGCGCAACGGGUACUUUGAUGAGCUGAUUGCUGUGCUUGAAGCUGGUCUGGGACUGGAGCGGGCACACAUGGGAAUGUUCACCGAACUGGGUAUUGCUCUAUCCAAAUACCACCCUGAUCGUGUCAUGGAGCAUCUCAAGCUCUUCUGGUCUCGUAUCAACAUUCCCAAGAUGAUCCGGGCCUGCGAGGAGGCUAACCUAUGGCCGGAGCUUGUUUUCCUGUACUGCCACUACGACGAAUGGGACAAUGCCGCCCUUGCGAUGAUGGAGCGUGCUGCUGAUGCUUGGGAGCAUCACUCUUUCAAGGACAUCAUCGUUAAGGUUGCUAACCUGGAAAUAUACUACCGUGCCCUCAAUUUCUACCUGCAAGAGCAGCCGCUGCUCCUCACCGAUCUGCUUCAGGUGCUGACCCCCCGCAUUGACGUGAACCGUGUCGUUCGCAUCUUCCAGGCGUCAGACAACAUUCCUCUGAUCAAGCCUUUCCUCCUGAACGUCCAGUCCCAGAACAAGCGGGCGGUCAACGACGCAAUCAACGAUCUGCUGAUUGAGGAAGAAGACUACAAGCUUCUCCGUGACUCAGUAGAUAACCACGACAACUUCGACGCUGUGGAACUUGCCCAGCGCCUGGAGAAGCAUGACCUCAUCUUCUUCCGCCAGAUUGCAGCGAACAUUUAUCGCAACAACAAGCGCUGGGCCAAGUCGAUAGAAUUGUCAAAGCAAGACAAGCUCUACAAGGAUGCCAUCGAGACGGCAGCCAUCUCGGCCAAGCCCGAUGUUGUCGAGGAGCUGCUGCGCUACUUUGUGGACAUUGGCAGCCGCGAAUGCUAUGUUGGCAUGCUGUAUGCUUGCUACGAUUUGAUCCGUCCAGAUGUGAUCCUGGAGUUGUCAUGGCGCCACGGCCUCCAGGACUUCACAAUGCCUUUUAUGAUCAACUUCCUCUGCGAGCAAACACGUACGAUAGAGAUGCUGAAGAAGGACAACGAGGAGCGGAAGGCACGAGAGGUGACGCAAAAGAAGGACGAGGACAACACGCCGAUUCUAGGCGGAUCCAGGCUCAUGCUGACGCAGGGUCCAGCAGCGCCAGCACCUCCUGUCUACGGACAAGCGAAUGGGAUAACGCCGCAGGCCACGGGGUUCCGUCCUUUCUAAGCUCGCCUUGUCUUUUUGAGGGGUAGAUUUUCUUUCCGCAAGUGUAUUUCACUAUUUCUGAUA